CUUCAAUAUCUUUCAGGUGGUGCAAAACAGCCCCUCUUAUAUAAAACUUUGCAAAUCUUGGACAAGAAUCCCUCAAGAAUGAGGGUCAACAAUGUGAUCAACAGGAUUUUAUGAGAUGACAAAUUAUAUCCUGGUCCUUCUCACUCUGUUCUGCAUUCCUCCUCAAUCAAAAGACUUCAAAGUGGCUUUUAAACAGGAACUGCUUUUCAAAGACAGGGACUUUUUGUAAGACUUAAAAAGCAUCACCUUCAUUAUGGAGAACUGAUCAGUAUUCAGUGCACACUCUUAUAUGGAGCUCACCAGAGAUCAAAUCUUUCUAUUUGGACUCUGAGCCUACAGAAGGAACCAAUAAACCAUCGGGCAUGAAUUUUAGGUAUGUUGUGUUGUCACAGACCUCAAUGAAUCACACUUUGGCUGAAACCGAAACAGAGCUGGAAGCACGUACUGACAGACUGCUCCGCCUUACCAAUGACUUGUAUGAAGCAACUCACCAAUCUGAUGCUGCCACACAAAUAUAUGAGAUGAAACAAAUGAAAAUAUCACCAAAAUAUAGACUCCAAAUGAAAACAUUAUUAAACCCAGACAAACAGGAAAUGCAGCAGACUUCUAAACAACAGCUGAAAACCAAGGAACAGGUGUUCUUACCAGAAGCCCAAGGUAGCUCUUUGCCUGGUACAGCUGUCCAGCCAUUUGGCCCUGAUGUGUGUGCUGUGUUGAGGACUCUGCUAGACUUGGUAGAUGAGCAUUGGAAUGGACAAUUCUCUCUCCAUCUCAAUCCUAACUUUAUGGCAAAAGCCAUCCUACUUCUCUUACCUCUGACCAAACCAGUUCCACCAUCACAACCUGAGAAAAGGAAUAUAAGAGGAAAUAAGGAUGAGCUAAAAGCAAGACAUGGGAAAACAUGGGAAAGCAAGGAAUGGUGGGAUGUGGAGAAAUUAAGGCAGGCUCAAAGCAGUUUGGGAAGUAAACAGGUUGGAAAUGAAGAGUGGAAAUGCUAUGAAGAACACCGAUCAGCAUCAGAUGAAAUUCGACGACUAAAUAGACAACUUGAAAAAACCCAACAUGAACAGGAAUCGUUAAAGGCAAAACUGAUCUCGGCUUUAAAAGAGAACUUUAUUUUGCGGGCUGAGAAAAUGAAGAUUGGAAAGUAUUGAGCAUUUACAUUAAAUAGAACAUACAUAAAACACAAUAUAAACAAACAAUGAGAUAUACAUUGUGUGUGUGUGUGUGUGUAUGUGUGUGUGUGUGUGUGUGUGUGUGUGUGUGUGUGUGUGUGUGUGUGUGUGUGUGUGUGUGCAUUUAUUAAUACACCUCACUGUUGGAAUUGGGGCAACAUCUAGACAGAGAAACACAAGUCUUUCAACAGCAAGAUAAACUCUUAAAGCAGUUGGAAGAAACAUUGCAUCUUUUACAGGACAAUCACAGAUCCUUGGUUUCCUAUAAUGAGUUGCAUAAUGCGAUCGAAAGAAACAGGAAAUGCACUUAAAAUAUCAAUCAAUUGAUGAAGCACGAAAUAAAGUCGCUAUCCGUGAGGAAUUAUUCUUGUGGCUUUCUUGUAAGAGGUUUGACUCACAAAGUGGAGGUUACUGAUUUAAAUACUGCUCAUGUACCUGCUAUAACUGGUUCAAAUGAUGUUUAUGAAGUUCAAAAUGUAGCUUCUACUUGACCAAGAUAUGAAGUAAAAGGAUAAGCUGAAUUCCAACUAGCAACCUCUG